AUGGUGGCCUCGAUUUUUCUACUACUAUUUAUCGUACAAGCGAUUGCAGAGAAAAGAAUUUUACUGAACGAUCCUGCAUUACUUCAGUCUCAGAUUCAUGCGUUAGAGAGUAAAGUGGAGGAUGUUGUGACUAAGAACUCUGAUCUGUUGGCCAAAUACAACGAUCUGUCCACUAAAUACACUGAACAAUCUGGCAAAUACACCGAGUUGUCGACAAAGUGCAAUGAUCAGUCCAUCCAAUUCACGGAUUUAUCGACCAAAUAUACCGAUCUGUCCACCAAAUACAACACUCUUAUGACUUAUAGCAAUGCUGGUGGAGUAUUCAUAAGAUGGGGACGGAAAGAUUGUCCUGGAAACAACACAGAGCUGGUUUAUUCAGGGUUUGCUGGAGGCUCUUGGCGAGACCACUACGGAGCCGCUGCCGAAUUUGUUUGCCUUCCACGAGACCCAGACCUCACAACAAAGUUUACUUCAAGCUAUGCUUACAUGUAUGGAUCAGAGUAUGACUCUUCUGAUUUUGGCCAUGAAAACGGGGAUGACCUUCCCUGCAGCGUGUGCCGAAGCACGGUUCAGUCCAGCGUUCUGAUGAUUCCUGGUAAAUCAUCCUGUUACGAUGGCUGGACUAUGCAGUAUCACGGGGACCUUGCGGCAGGAUAUUACUUAAGUCACGCCGCAACCCAGUACAUAUGUUUAGACGAGCAUCCUGAUGUUUUGACUGCAGGGCAACGUAACGACAAUGGGAAAGCGUUCUACCCAGUGAAAGCAAUGUGUGGAGCCUUAGCCUGUCCACCAUAUCACAAUGACAGAUACCUAACUUGUGUUGUUUGUACUAGAUAAGAAUAAUGAAAUAAUUUCAAAGACAAAAUGACAUUGUAAUUGAUAUCGGGUUUCCUAUUUCUACAAGAAAUACCGUGACAAAAGACCUAAAUGGCUCAAAUCUACACCCUUAGGCA